ACACUCUCCGCCUCCGGCUCCGGUUCCUUCUUUCUCUCCACGUCACGGACAUCAUGCGGGGAAAAAGUCCCAAACUCCAACAGACUGCAGGCGAAUCUCCGUCUUCUCCUGUGGAGAGCAGGUGCUCACACACAAGUAGCUGCUGUGCUUCCACUGAGGCGUGUUUUUAAAGGGACAUUCGUCACGUAUUAUACACUGACUGACUGGACGAAUCACUGUGUUUGAGUUCAUGUCUGUCUGUGUCUCUCCGCUGCUGAGGAGACGCCCCCCCACAGCAGCUAUCGGACUCCCACGGUGAAUCAUUAACCUCAGCAGUGUGAGGUGCUCUUCGUCCACAACAUUCACUGAGGAACAAACAACAACAACAACAACAACAGAGGGACGGGGACAUCAUCAAGGUCACUAUUCCAGCUGGACACGUCAUAUAUACACAGCGUGGGAUGUCACAAAGUGAACGAUGUAACAGUGCAGAUUAAAUCUGUUUUGGGGGCGAGAGAAGUUGACCAUUAACCUCUCCUGGGUGAUUGCAAGCACGCGUCCACUGGUCCACUUCUGUGCCGUGGAUCCUGAGGCAAAGUUCACAGACAACAGCAGACGUCUGUCAGUCAGUCAGACAGUCACUCACAGUUGGUGUUGUAGUGUUGCCUGCAGUCAUGGCUACAGUGAAUUAUGGAUACUACAGAGGAACUAUAUUUCUGGCCAUGUUUGUUGGCUACACACUGUACUACUUUAACAGAAAGACGUUCUCCUUUGUGAUGCCGGCUGUCAUGGAGGAGAUCGAGCUGGACAAGGAUGACCUGGGAAUGAUCACCAGCAGUCAGUCUUUGGCCUACGCUAUCAGUAAGUUCAUCAGCGGCGUGCUUUCAGACCAGAUCAGCGCCCGCUGGCUCUUCUCCAUUGGCCUGUUCAUGGUGGGAGGCAUCAAUGUUGUCUUCUCCUGGUCGUCCACGGUGGCCGUCUUCUCUGCCCUGUGGUUUCUCAACGGCCUCGGUCAAGGCCUUGGUUGGCCUCCCUGUGGCAGGGUGCUGCGCAAGUGGUUUGAGCCGUCUCAGUUUGGGACGUGGUGGGCCGUCCUCUCCUGCAGCAUGAAUCUGGCUGGCAGCCUGGGGCCCAUCAUUGCCACGGUGUUGGCCGAGAGUUACAGCUGGAGGACGAUACUGUCCGUCUCUGGACUGAUUUGUGUGGCCGUCUCCUUCGUCUGCCUGCUGGUCAUCAAGAAUGAGCCUAAGGACGUGGGACUGCCCAACAUCGAGACAGCAACCAAGAAGAGCAAAGGGGGAUCCUCAAGUAAUGAAAGCACCCUCUCUGAGUUUCUGCUGUCUCCUUACCUGUGGCUGCUCUCUGUGUCCUACCUGGUGGUGUUCGGGGUGAAGACGGCCUGCACUGACUGGGGCCAACUGUUUCUCAUUCAGGACAAGGGCCAAUCUACAUUCAUGGGUAGCUCAUACAUGAGUGCCCUGGAGGUGGGGGGACUGUUGGGCAGUCUUGCAGCAGGAUACCUCUCUGACAAGGCUGUGGCCAAACAAGGAAUGAGAAUCUAUGGCAAUCCCCGUCACUUCAUCCUGAUCUGCAUGAUGGUUGGUAUGAGUGUGUCCAUGUACCUGUUCAGAAUCACAGUUUCUCCCGUCAGCUCAAAGGCGUGGAUUCUCAGUUUGGGUGCUGCAUUUGGUUUUUGCUCUUAUGGACCGAUUGCAUUGUUUGGUGUCAUAGCCAAUGAGAGCGCCCCAUCCAACUACUGUGGGACAUCGCAUGCCAUUGUUGCCUUGAUGGCCAACAUUGGUGGCUUCCUGUCCGGACUACCGUUCAGCACAAUUGCAAAGCACCAUGGCUGGGAAAUGGCCUUCUGGGUAGCAGAGAUCGCCUGUGGUGUCACCGCUGUUGGAUUCUUUCUGCUGCGCAACAUCCAGUCAAAGAUGGGAAGAGUGUCCAAGAAGACAGACUAAAGCUUUAUGCCUCAUUCUUGAACCAUCAAUGUGUUAUAAUAUUUGUACUGACCUUUUAUACCGCUGUGUUUUUUCAGUUAUUCAUACAGGUUUAGACAAAGAUCAUGGAUAAAAGUUUUUAAGGUGCUUCCGAACACACAGUGUUUAGACUAGUGAAUAUAAAUGAGGAUUUAUGUCAUAAGCACAACGAAAGCGCGGUAUAGAAACGCGUAUAUUGUAGAAUAUUUGUACUUGUUAUAACAUUGUAAUUAUCAAUCAUGAAUGGAAUUACACCGAAUAUAUGAUACUUACUCAUGGUGCUGCCUGCAUCAUACCCAAAGACUUCAAUGAAUGACACUUUGUUAUUGUGCUUUUUCGUUUAUACUCGGAAAGAAACAUGACACAUGAAACAUUAA